UGUCAUCACAUCGCUAUUGUAUUCUCAAAGCAAAAUAAAUUGAUAAAGCCAAUUGGAUCCUUGCUUGAAAGGCUCAGCUUGGGUGGAAGACGAGACCAAAGUAUUUAUGCAGUAUUUCCCUCAAGAAACUAUUGCCAAGAAGAUUAAAACAGUUUUUCAACCUUUCACAAUCUUAUCAAGUUGAGAGAGACUUUAAAAACUUUCAACGCUAUUCCAGUCCUGCGGAUUGGAACUACUACCCCCUGUAGCAAAUACCACAUUGCUUGUUUUCUGAUGACGUCUGACCUGCUUGAAAAUCCCUUCUGCAUAACUGUUUGUGAGUUUGGAGAAACGUUUUUUAAAGUAACGAAUCCUUCUAGUGUAUCCGAACUGUUUCGAAGACAUACUUCAGACCAAGAGGGAUUGCGUUGGAUUCACACUAUUUUAUCUGACCUCGUGGAUUUGGAAGAUACUUCGAGUGACAUACUUGAGCAACUAUCCAAGGUAUUUAAUCUUCAUCCAUUGGCAAUAGAAGACAUACGUUGUUCUUCAACGAGACCAAAAAUUGACAAGUAUGGAGAGAUGCUUUUUAUAGUUACACAUAGUCCAAGUGUUGUUUCUAUUGAGGAUGAAUACGAGUUAAGUUUAAAGGAACUAAAUAUUUUGUUGAUGGAAAAGGAGCGUACAGUCCUUACUUUUGAAAGAAGUGAAAGGAAUACCACGACAGCUUGGAUUUCUGAUGUGAGAGAAAAGCUGGCGUCAAACGGUGAUCAUUUUAGCAGAAAUCUUUCGUUGGUCUUAUAUUUGAUAAUCGAUAAGUUGACUGAUAAUUUUUUCCCUGUUUUGGAACAUUAUGGUGAGAAAAUUGAAGAAAUUGAAAGCAUGCUGAUGUUGGAAAACAGAACUUAUUUGAUAAGAGAUAUAAAUUUGUUAAAACGAGAUAUAUUCAUUCUUAGAAGAAGCACCUGGCCUUUGCGAGAAGUGUUGAAAAAGUUUCUUGUACUUCCUGAAAUACAUAGCGAUAUAAAGCCAUAUCUGCAGGACUGUUUGGACCACGUGAUUCAAAUUAUAGAUAUUCUUGAAGUAUAUCGUGAUAGCGCACUUGGUUUAGUAGAUAUCUAUUUAAGUGGUGUGAGUCAUAAUAUGCAAGAAAUUAUGAAAACUUUAACUAUUAUCAACACAAUAUUUAUUCCAUUAACAUUUAUGGCAGGCAUUUAUGGAAUGAAUUUUCCUCGUAUUCCUGAGUUACACUACGGACACGGUUAUACUGUGUUUUGGUUGAUGGUUUUACUUAUAGUGGGACUUGAAAUAUGGAUAUUUCGCAAAAGGGGUUGGAUGGGCAGUUAGUUGAUAGACGAUGUUGAGUUGAGGACGAAAUUAGUACUCUGCAUUACACUUAUCGGUCACAACUUUUUUUUGAAUGAUUGAGUUGUCAAAGAGUUUUAUGUUUCUUAUCUUCCGUCCACUAAAAUAUGUUGUUUCUCAUUCGUGAAAACUUUCCUUUAUCUAUUUGGUUGAUAUCUCCUAAAAUGAGAAGCAAACUUUUCUUUCAUGAGUCGAGCACUUUUCAUGCCUUUUCUAUAAUGAAUAGUCUGUCUCUUGA